CCGAAGAUCAGAGAGGUUAAACAACUCGCCCAAGGUCACCAGCUGGGCAGGGGGAGCCCAACUUGAAAGGAGGUCUCCAGUUUCCAAGUCACAAGCUCUUUCCACCAGCUCGGAAAACCCAGGUGUCAAGUUGUCUCAACUUCCCAUGAAUUUUUAAGGCAACCGCAACUUCUCAGUAAGUUUAGGUUGCUGAAAAUGGGAAUUUCCGGGGGGCUGGGCGUUCUCACAUGUACUCCCCCAUUGCAGCUGUCUCACCGCAGGUACCUGAUAAAUCAUUCCAUAUCGCCCGCGGAACGGGGAGGAUUUAUUGGCGCUGGAGUUCGUGCCAGGCCCAGGAAAUGCCAUCUUUGAAAGCCGAGAGGCGGAUUCGCCCUGGGAGCCGAGAAGGUCUGGCCGCCGCGCUUGGCUGGCUCCCCGCGGGCGGUGCGCCCCCUCGGCGCCCCGGGCUGGGGUCGUCGCGGUGCUGGGCCCUCCAGGUUCGCCGGCCACGUCCACCCCUGCCCGGGUCGGAGCGCACGCCCACGCCCCGCCGCCGCCGCCGCGUCCCGGCCGCCCGCCCGGGACUGAGCCCCACCCCGCCCCGCUUGCUCCCUCCCGGCACGGCCCCGCCAGGGAAUGGCUGGAGCUGUACAGCCCUGCCUGUCCCUGCAGUGUCCCAGCUCCUGCACGCCCGCACGUGGCACACAGAAAAGUGAAACCAACUUUAAGAGUUGGCAAGCCAAACAAAAUGAUGUACGGAGAGAAAACAGCUACUCUGGAAUCACACACAGAUGGGAGAGUUUCCUUUCACAGAGCAUGAAGACCACCGUGCCCUGUCCAGCACAGGCAGAGGAUGAUAGAUUGUCUGUUCCUGGCCGAGGAGGGAAGGAAGAGGAGGAACUGACCAGGGGUCUAGUCACGAGCCUGUAGGGGGCUGUUCAUCUGACUUGGGACCCCGUUCAUCCCCUCAGCCUGUGUUCUUAGGUCUCUUGGACUUCAUGGAUCUCACUCGCAGCAACACACAUUUUUAGCCCAAAGUUUUAUCCAUUGAAAAAUGUUUUUCCCUUGCCAGUUGUCACUGCCAAAAGAAUUUUGUCUGUAAAACUGAUGAACAAAGCCAGCAUGGGAAUAAGAGAGGUGUUGUGGAUUCAUUCAUUCAUUCAUUCAUUCAUUCAUCACAUAUUUAUUGAGUACCUAUUGUGUGUCUGGCAUUGCUCUAAGUGCUUGGGAGACAUAAGUGCACAAAAGAAACAACAUUUUCCGCUCAGCCUCUCAGUGUGAGCUAGACAGAAGGCAAGCCGAUGUAACAGCUGCAAGCGAGCUUCUCAACACACGCCAAAGUUAAACGCUGUCCCUGUAGAUGGUUACUAGAUGCAACCUGACGGUAAACACAGAUCUGAAUAAGGGAACUGAAGUCAUGUAGCAAGCCUCUGUUAUAAGAGAGUCAGCCAUAGGAUCGAGGGUAUGCAUACAUUUUUAGUGUUACCAUGUAAAUGCAAAAAUAAUAUAACCAGUGACCUCAGAGGGUUUUCAGACCUUCUGAAACACUUAAGUGAACCCUUAGAGAUACACAGACCUGAGUUAGAAAAAUAAUUUCCUGGUGUACACAAUGUAGAUAUGCCAGAGGACUGGAAGGACUGUUAUAGGCCCCCAGACCACCACAUGAAUUUGCUGCUACACCUUUGCAAAGAUAAGUCUAGGGAUUUUGAGAUCCUGCUCUGAAAACUCAGCAGAAAGUUGUGGCUUUAGAAACAAAGAGAGAUAUGGGAAAUGCAGGAAAUGAGGGUUGGUAUCCUGAACUGUGGCUGACGGUAUUUAAGCAAUGGGUGGUGUCAUCUUACAAAAACCAGGGAGAAUGGAUUUGUCAAGUCUCCCAGCCACACCUUUAAGGUUCAUAUAUCCAACAAUAGAAGGAGAGAGAAAAAUACCCAGGCAAUGCAGAAUAGUCUUACAGAGGUCAUAGCUUCAGAAAAUCAGCAGCCAUGAAGGACACAUUCAAGGAAUACCCUAAUAGAAGAUUCUAGGGUGAAGAGUCAGGGAAAAUACCAAAAGUGGGAUUUUGAAAACUUGGAUCCAGGAACCACGUAUCAAGAUCACCUUGAGAGAAGUUCUUGUGUAAACGCAGACUUCUGGCCUCAGUUCAGACCUUCUGUUUCUGCUUGUGGACCCCAAGAACCUGCAUUUUAUAAUUAACUGUAAAGGGGCACCUGGGUGGCUCAGUUGGUUAAGCAUCUGCCUUCUGCU